AUGGUCCAAGUUUUGAACACAUUCGUAAGACAACUCUAUUCCAAAAAGUUUAUUGAAAAGGAGAAUAGAUUGGAGAAAGUAAUUCCAGAAAAGUUGGUUGCCUUUCCUUUUAAUCUUAAUGACAACAAACCUAAAGAGGAAAAUUCUGAAACUAUACCAAAUACUGAUAUUAUUCAACAAUUAUUAAUCAUCUCCAACGAGCAAUCAGUGGAUUCUAAUUUUACAAUCACACCAGUAAUUGGAAAAUUCUCAAAUUCUACUCUUUCUUUUGAUAAGAUUGUUAAACAAUCUAGGUCAUACCUCAUCAAUAAUUUACUUGUUGGAGAAAAUUUAUGCUACAUACUGAACAAGAUUUUGAGCUCUAAUUAUGAACAAAAGGGUGAAGUGAGUGGAGUCACAUUCGAAAUUAUCAAUCUUCUUUCAAAGCCAAAUGUGAAUGUCUGUAAAAUAGAAACUGAAUUUUUGAUUGAAAAGGUAAAAGAAAUCAUUACAAAACAAUCUGUUGGAAACUAUAGUCCAGAUAUAUUGAGAUCUAUUGCCACUCUCAUUCUUAAAAAAACCAACACAAAAGAUUCCAAACUUGCACUUGCCCACUUUUUAAACGGUAUUUUCUGCAUUUUUAAUGAGGAGGAUGGCGUUCAAAAGUCCAUGGCAAUCUACUCCAAUUACUUGUACCUAAUGGCUAAUAUCUAUUCGUCACACUCCACUUUUAAUGAAAUCAAACCAGAUUCUUACAAUCUUCCACUAAUAGUUAGCCCAAUGAUAGAAAAAUAUUUCCCUCUUAAUAAGAUUAAAGAAGUUGAGGAGGCUUUUACGUUUAAGAAAUCAUUAUUGCAGGAAAUUAUAGUUUAUGCUGAAUUGUUCUCUCACGCCAAUAUUAACAAGGUGAUUACCAUUGUGGAGAAGGCUGUCGAUCUCGAGUUGGGAACUCCAUCCACUAAUGAUUUAAUCACUAAUUUCCUUGUUUUACUCAAAAAUGGCCUCCAAGAAAACAAUAAGGAGUUUAAGGAUAGUUUUGUUUCCAGCUCCAUUGAGAACUUGAGCAAACUUUUCAAAAUUGGAGAAAAUAUUGGUGAUCACGAUACUCAAAGGGUGUUUAACAAGAUUUUAGAUAUUUUGGCAUCAUCAAAUUGUGAUAUCGCAUCUUUAAACAUGAGUAUUAUUGAGAUGAAGCCACAAGUGUUAAGAAUUUUUAUGAAAUUAGUAUUGCACAACUCAUCUGAUAGAAAAAUUUAUGAAUCAAUAUGGACAACAUUUAUCAAAUCUUUGGAAACUGUUUCAAUUUCACAAACUGGUGUUGAGGUUUGCCUAUUCUUAGCUUUUAGUUUUGAGACCUUCUCUAUUGAAACAAGAAAGAUAAUAUUUUCUUCACUAUUGACACAAGUGUUGAAGGAAGACUUUUUGAAAGAUAGUAGGAAAACACUUCUUUCUAAUAUCUUGGUAUUGUUUGAAUACUUGUGCUUUAACUUUGAAAAGAUUCCAUCUUCGGCACUGCAACAACUCACAUGUUUUAUCAAGGGAGAGAACAUUACAGUAUCUAAAAAUUUAUUACUCCAACAAUUAGACUCUAAGGAUGUGGGUAAUGGUAUUUUUGAGUUGAACUACUCUAGUAAUCAGCUUUCUUCACAUGUUACGCAAAUAUUGUCAAAGGAUAACAUGGCUGAAAAGUUGAUAUGUGUCCUUUUUGAAGCCUUUACAAGUUAUCAAGACAAAAAUACUAACCACGAAUGUGAUUACUUUACAGAUGUCUCACUCAGGUUAAUUAAAACCUUGAUGAAGAUUGAAAAUUUGAAAUUUAACAAGAACAACUUUAGCAACAUUUUAGCAGAGAUUUUCUACCACGAUAAGACUGCAUCUAAUGAUUCUGUUGUUGAAAGAGUGUUAAAAGAGAAAAGCUUUGAAAAUGUCAAGCCAAUAUUUUUGUCUCUCUAUUCUGACAAAACAUGUAUGCUUCUUAAAAAGCAAAUAGAGAAAAGUCCAUCAAAAAAGCUUUUCGAAACAGCCUUAGAUUUCUCCUUUUCAUUGCUCAAGAAUUUGUUGAAUGAUUUGUAUUUGGUUUUCUCCAAGGAACUUCAAAUCAAUCAACUUUCUACUGAAGAAGUAGAUGUAUGCUUGGAUAUUUGCCAAUCAUCUCUUGCAAAGGAGGAUAUUGUAUCAUUGAUCAGCUCUUUCACUUCACCUAAUCUGGCCAAGAUUUCAACUCUAAACGUUGGUGAGUGGUAUGAUGGAAAAUUACAAUCUCUCAAGAAAAUUGUCUCCGAGUUGUCCUUGGCAGAAAGUUUCAAUUCUAUUCUGAUACAUAAUGUAAAGAGUGUACAUCUUUCAAGGGAGAACUCUACAGCAUUUGCUUUGUAUCAUUCUAUCAAAUCAGUUAUUGAAUUAAUUUCUUUCACAAUCAAUAAGGCAACUGAACAAAACAUGCUCGACUUGUCUCAAUUUAAUUCAGAAAAAGUCGAAAGUUUAUUCAAUAUUAGAGAACACUAUACAUUUAGAUCAGCCUUAUUGGUAGAAUCAAUUCUUUUCAAUAUUUUCAAAGAUGGUUUUGUUCAGGAGUUACAUAUUUUCAAGAAUUUUACUCUUCUUAGAAUUGUUGAAUCAGUCAAGAAAACCUUGUUGGUAGAAAAGAAAGUUGAAGUUGCAAAGAAGGUUUUAGCUGAAGUUUUCGAACAUUUGGAAGAUCAAAUAUUUUCUACUGAUGAAAAGAAAUUACAAAGCAUUCAAGUAUUACUUGUCGGUCAGUCAACAAGUCCAAAAUAUUGUGAGAACCUAAAGUUUAACUCUUCUAUUUUGAUGAGCUUACUAAUGCAAACAGAAAAUUCGGCUGAAAUAUUUAACCUAUUGCUCUCUUUUAUUGAAUCAAUUUUAACUAAGGUUGAUCCCGAAAACAAGGAAAUUUCUAAAGUAUUAUCUGAAACAGAAGGAUUUAAUACUUUUAUAGAAAGUAAGGUUUUGGUUAAAGAUACAAGGAAACAAAUAGAGCAAUUGAUAAAAUGCUUAUCAGGAAAGGAAAAUUCAAAACAACUUGUAGAUGCCAUUGUUUCUUCAUUGAUGAAAGUUUUACAGGAAUGUGCAUAUUCUAAUAGUAAGAACUUUGACGAGCUUUCCCAAGAUUUAUUCCCAUUAUUUAAUUCUAUCAGCAGAGGUGACAAGUUGCUUGAUAGUUUUGUGGAGAUUUUGGACUCACCAACUGCAAAGAAGGACGUUCAUAUCAUUGAGUCUAUUUGUACAUUUUUAUGCAAGUACUUGGAAAGAGAUUUAGAUUCUAAACGUGGUGAAUCCAAUCGUCAAAUUUUGAAGUAUCUCAAGGAAAGAACCAAUAGUGAGAAGGUUUUCACCUUUGAGGGUCCAGUGAUUCAAUCAAAUACAGAGAUUGAGGAAAAUAUGGAGAAUAAUUCCUACAAAGCAAGUCAUAGUUUGAUUAAAACUUCUGGAUUUAAUGUAGACCUGGAGGAUGUAUCAGACAAACCAGAUUCAGAAGCUACGCCUAUUGAAUCAUCCAAUGGCAAUACUCUUUGUGUUAGUGACUCACUAAUUGAAAAACUCAUCUCCAUUCUAUCCGAAUUGAAACAAGAGUAUGAAAAGCAAACCACAGAAUCAGAGAGCAAGAAUUUUUCUUGGAGUCUACAAGAAGAUUUUUCAGUUUCCGAGUCACAAAAAGUUUUGGCUGAAAGAGUUGCCUCUUUUGCAGCAUCUUCCUUCACUGCUAAUGUUACGUUCGAGAGAAGACAAGAGGUCAACAUUUUUAGAAGUAAACCAAUGCCAAGACAUUUACUUGCUUCAAAUUUGUCGAACACUAUGGCCCUAUCAGAACAAAGUGACAUUUCCUUCAUGAAAAAUACGACAAAUUUUGCAGAUAAUAUGAAAAAGGACAAUACCAGAAGUGAUGCUGUUAUUAUGAAUACUCAUUCAGUUCCUUUCAAAGUUGUCCACAUCAAGUUCAAUCCAGAAAAUGACAACUUUUUAGCAGUUGCAGGUAUUUAUGAAUGUCACGUACUAGUUUUAGACUCUGAAUGCAACGUUAUCCAACAAAUCCCUCUCUAUUUGGCAUGUGAAGAUAUGCCUACCGAGACUUAUAUUAUUGAUAUUCAAUGGUUGCCCGGAGAACAGUGCUUACUUUCUGUUACAACAAACCAAUUUGUUAAGGUGUAUGACCUGUCUUCAGACACUUUCUGUCCUACAUUUAACUUUGCUGCUCAGGAUGAUUUGAUUGCAUCGAGUGUAUUUGCCUCUGAUCCAAAUGGAAUGAAGGAUUUAAAGACAUGUUUUGCUCUUACAAAGAAAGGUCAACUUUACUAUCAAAGCUAUUUCAAUAGUGGUGGUGAAGCUACAUUCACUGAUAGUAUCACAAUUACAACACACAAUGGCUCCUCAGAAGGAAAAUAUGUGUUCUAUUCAGAACUUGCUCAUAUGUUAUUUGUAAGUUAUGCGGAUGGUACAUCUGUCGCCUUGCAACUUGAUCAUUUGUCUGGUAAAAUUUUGUCUUGCUUGGAACUCUCCAAAGAUUCUAGCUUUAAAUCUCUUGGAUUCUUUACUCAUGUGGUGGAAGCUAUUGAUAUGUGUGGUGUUGUUGCAGUAAUGACCAGCAAUUACAAAUUGGUUCUAUUUAACUUUUUGAAGGAUAAGGUUGAAUACCAAAUUUUAGAUACUCCAGAUUCCCACACUAUUCAAGGAAUAACGAGUAUACCACCAUUCAGCAAAAACUCCUCAAUUAUUGGCUUAUUUAGCAGUGGCGAGUUGAUUAAGUAUUCUGUUACCAAAGAGAUCGUUCCUUGUCUUUCCCUACCACCAAAGAGUAGAAUAUUCAAAGAAUUGAGAAAGAGACACGGUGCCAAGUCUGUAAAGAAGGUUAAACAAAAGCUUUCAAAGCCAGUGGUUACUGAAAAACCAAAAGACUUGGACAGUUUACCAAUUGAUACAGAAACAAGUGAGGAUAUUACCUCUAAAUGCACUUUUGAAGGGGAAAAGGUCAAUGAUAUUGGAUUGGAUUCUUUUAAAGAUUCAUUAGAUGAAAAUAACACUCUCUUCGUGCAAGGUAGCAAUUUAAAAUUCAAAGUUAAAAAGCCAGAUGAUUAUGUCUUUACUCACAUCCAAGUAUUAGUAGGAAAAUCUAACAAAAACUCUAUUCCAUAUUCCAUCCUUAUGAAUAGUCAUACAAUAGAGACUGAAGUUGAUACUGAAAAGUGGUACACUAUUAUUCUCACAAACCAAGAGGCUUUAGAUUUGUCAGAGUUGGAGAUUGAAUUUUCAACAGUACAUGGUGGGUCAAACGAACCUGCAAUAGAUUCCAUCAAAAUAUUUGGUACUUUUUCAUCUACAUUUAGAUUUAAUUAUAGCAAAAAGAAGUUAGAGCCAAAGAUUGUGGAGGAAACAAGCAUGCACCAUGAAGAAAAGCUAUCCUUCUCUUCAGAAGAAAUAUCUAUGAUAUACUUCUUGAACAGAACUAUUUCUGACUACUUCCAAAAGAAUGGUAUUGAAACCAAAUUAUCCAAGACUAAUAUUUUCUCCAUUAUGGCAGAAUGUCUAAUGAUACCAAAGUUUGAAGAGGUUAAAGACUAUUUGAUUUCUACUAUGAUUUCUCUUUGUGAUGAACCAAAAUCUUUCGUUACUUCCAAAACAGCAGUUGAGUUAAAAUAUAUUUCAAAGAAGAAAUUACAAGAGAUGGACUCCUUCAAGAUUGAUAUUGUAAUUUCUAAAUAUUUGGAGGCAAUAGAAUUUGAUUAUGAGCAAGUUUUUGACCAAAUCAAGUCCGAAGUUGACUUUAAGAAAACACUCUAUUCACUGAUAGAAAAAAACAAAUUCGAUGGAAACUUGAAUCAUGACAAUUUAAUCAAACUGUAUAGCUCAAUUCUCUUUAUUGAAUUUUACAAGGAAUCAGGAUCUUUAGAUCAAAUUUCUAAAUUCCUAUUGGACGAUGAUGAGGCAGUGCGUACAAGCUGCUCUACCUCUUUGGCAAGCAUGAUGACUUUCAGCAAUGUUCCAAAUGACAAAGUACAAAUUUUCACUACCUAUUUGGUGGACCUUACAGAAAAGACACACGACUCUCUUUCAUUGCUAAAUAUUCUUCAACUUGUUUCUGUAUCAAUUCUUAAAUACUGUUCGAAUUUGAAAGAAGAUGAGUAUGAAACAAGUAUUUCAACAUUUAUUCGCUCAUUAGCAUUUAAUUUUACAGACUUGUUGAAUAAUCUCGCCAUGAAAAGCCCAGCAAGCGAGAAGAGAACACUCAUCAUGGCCAUGCUUGCCUCUCUUCUUUCUACCUCCUCUGAUUCCAAGUUUGUUCCUUCACUUAGAAAAGAAAUUUGUAAUUUAUUGACAGAGUCAAUUCCUGAAUUGCAUACAUCCAUGGUGUCUGUUUGCGAUGAUAUGUUAGCAUUGUUUGUUCCAGGAAAUCAAGCUGACUUUGAGGAUAUCAUGGGAGGCUUACUGAGAAGCCAAAAAGAAAUUCCUACCAGAUUAUUCUCUCCAAUAUUCUCAUUGGCAUACCUGGAAGAAAAUAAGUCUGAUGUAUUUGCAUCCUAUCCCAAGAUAGUUUUACAAGUUGUAUUGAGACUAUUCAAACAUGUUAUUAAUGUAAUACCAGUAAUUGAAGCAGACAAACAAAAAUGGAGUAACUUUUUCUCAAACAUUGCUCUAGACGAAACUCCAUUCAUCAGAUCAAUUGGAAAAUACAAUCUUCUUUUGAUUUGUGGAAGUGAGCAAUUCUACAACAAACUCAUGGAUGAAAAAUUAUUCAAGUCCAAGCUGUCAGACUUUGUCAAUGGUUCCGAUCCUGUCUCUGUUUGGUCACCAGAAAAGGCAAGAAGAUUAGUAGUUAAAGUCAACGAUAUUAUGGAUAGUGUCAAGGCAAGACCAGAAAAUUGGAUCAACUUCUGCAUGGAACAUGAAAAUGUUUUGCCUGCCUUGUUCGAGUUUUCAUUCUUAUUGGAUGAGAGCGUUACUAUUCCUCUCCUUUUACUGAACAUGUCUUUUGUAUCAGACAAUGACUCUACUCUACAAAAACUUUCUUCUCUGAUCACUACUCACUCUGCAAAGACGUUAAAUAAGUUUGUAGAUUUUAUUUUCAAUGGAGAAACAAACACAAUCAGAGCAGAAGCUGCCCACCUAAUGUCAAAACUUGUACAAUUCAGUGUCAAGUACAAGGAGAUGCUUUUUAACAUCAUCGUAAAGAGAGUUCAAUCCUUGCCAUACUACGGUAAGAAGGGUAAAGAAUUUUUGAACAACCUAUUGAUUCCAAUCUAUGACCACUAUCCAGAAAAGAAGCAAUUAAUUGCUGAUGAAUUGGCCAAGUGUUUACAAUCACAAAAUGGAUUGAUUUGUAACCAUCCUAAUUCUUACAUUUAUGAUACCAUUCAACAAUAUAUUUCUGUUGAACCUUCUGGUUAUUACUUGGAAACAACUCCUUGUUUGGUCUGUAGUGAUCCUGAACUUGACUUCAAGGAACUCAAUUUACAAGAUAUUAUCCAAGGUCAAAAACAAUCCCAUUCAUCUCACUACUACAAGCUUUCUAAUUCUUACACAAUAGAAUCAAUGUCAAUUGACAUAAGUGAUUUUAAGAGAUCCAAAAUGAUUAGAACAGUGGAAAUUUAUUUCAACAAUAACCAAGCACUGGACGCCAAUGAUUUACCUAAAAACUCAACAGUUUGGCAAAGGGCUGGUACAAUGAAUGUUGCAAAAGGAGAGCAAUCUGCCACAUUAACUUUUAGUGUUCCAGUUACAUGUUGCAACCUAUUGGUUGAAUUUUCAAGCUUUUACUUUGAUUUGGCUUCUAUGGAUGCACUCUUUUGUGAUUCUUGUGGAAUUGCUGUCUAUGACAAGUAUGGACUUUGUCUUUCAUGUGGUGAAAAUGUAUUUUCAUGCAGUAAUUGUAGGGGAAUUAAUUAUGAUAACUUGGACGCAUUCAUUUGUUCCACUUGUGGUACUUGCAAGUUUGCCACUUUUGCCUUCUCUUUGAGUGCCAAACAAGUAUUCAUUGGAGACAAGAUUAGAAAUGAAGAUGAUUGCAAAAAGUCCUUACAGAUCAUUGACAACCAACUCAAUUCAAGUGAAGCUAAACUUUCUGCUUUGAAGACCAAGAGUUCUGAGAUUAAAUCUCUGCUUGUAAAGUUAAAGACAGGAGAUUAUGGGGAACAAAAGCUCUCCGAAGUUAUUUCCUCUCUCCAAGAUGUUUAUAACAAUGAAACAAAGACUCUCCAUGGUGGGCUGUCACAUUGCCAAAAGCUAAUGCUCACAACAAGAAAGCAUUUGAGAGAAUACAUUUCUGCAAACAGACAAUCAGACAAGAAGUAUUACCAUGAAAGCACAAGUUCACAAUCUUCUAAUCAGUUCGAAAAUAAGUGUUAUGGUUGUGCAAAUAACUUUGUUUCCAAUGUUAUGGACUUUUUCUUAACAGUUAAAGACAAUAACGACGUAAAUUUCAAUGACAAUUUAGUUGAAGAACUAUUCAAGAAUAUUAGUAGAGGAGGAUUGAAAGAAAAAUCAUUUAAAUUGCUAACUUGUCUAUCCUUUGGAAAUGAGCAAGUCAGCGAAAAAGUUAAUUCCAAACUCAAAGAACAAAUUGUCAAGUACUGCCGAAAGACUUUAAAGGGCUACGAUGUAACCUCUCAAUUGGUAGCACUUACUGAACUUUUGAAAAGAACUUUUGAUGAAAAAGAUCCAUUCUUUAACAAUAGAAUCCAAUUAUUGUUUGAGGUUUUAUUAGAGACCUCCAAGUUCAGCUCUUCCGUUAUUAUUUGUGAAGAAAUGAUCAAACCAUGCUUGAUUAUUCUUCAAAAGUUUAUUUCUUACGGAAAUUCAAAACCAUCCUCAGAACACAGCACUACCGAUCAAACAGUAGUACCAAUGAGAGGAUUACACUUUGGAUAUCAUCAAGUUAAGGAAGGAGAAAUGACUUUCGAAAUGUUCAAGAAUAAUCAAAUUCCAAAGAAGUUGCCAAGAAAUGACUUUGAUAUUCUAGGUAGAGAAUUCCUUUCCAAUACUCUCCUUAACCUUUCCUCAAAUACUGUGAGAGAAUUGACAUUGCAAAUAUUACAAUCCCUUUGUUUAGACAACUCACACAAACAAAUUGGUAUUCUCCAAGCUCUUACUGCUCUAUUAUCUGAAGCUAUGAAACGAGGUGAGGUAUCUUCAUGCUUCUUUAAACUUUUCAAUGAAUUGGUCAAACAGGAAGAGAGAAAGACAUUACUUUCAAGUAAGGGCUUCUUGAGCUUUGUUUGCAAGUUGCUCAAGAAGGAAGUGAGCUACAUACACAAACUUGAAAAUUCAAACACAAAUCAAAGUCAAGAUCUUUCUACUGGCUCCAGUCUAUACUUUUUGGUUUCUCUCCUCUCUGAAUUCUUAAUAAUUCCAGAAAUAUUGACAGAAUUCAAGACAAACGAACAACAUAUUAGCACAGUUUUAGGAAGUUUCCUCUCACUCAAAUCUCUUGUUGUUCAAAAAACAAAGGCAACAACUGACAGUUAUGAAAUGCUCAAGUCACUCACUGAAAAACUUCAAGAUACAGAAGAUGACAAGAAAUUGUUUAUUGCUGCUUGUGUUGAUACUCUCAAACUUUACAGUGAUAACAGAACAGCCUUAUUUGUUUUUGAAAAAUUGAAUAAUAUUAUUCAACCAAUCAAGGAGGAACCUGUUUUCAAGUUGAAACUUGUUCGUGCAGCAAGCCAGGAAUUCUACUUCCAAGGAAGACUGUCAAGACAAACAUGGAAUUCUGUAGACUUUAAGAAUAGUUCUGGAGGACCAGCUUUAAUGUCAGAUGUAAAGGAUAAGAUUUGUGAGGAACUCUCCAUUCAUUCAGAUAUUCCAUUCGAACUUUUGGUGAAUAACAAGAUUAUUGCUCUCAACUUACCAGUUACAAGAGUUUACGAAAAGGUCUGGCUCACAAGAAAUAUGGAAGGUAGCACUCCAAAUGCUCCUAUGGAAGUUAUUUACAGAUUCCAAGGUAUUGAUGAAGCAUCAGAAGAUAAUGUGGAUACUCUCCCAAGUGAAGAUGAUUCUAUCAAUAUUGCCCAAAGAUGUAAGAUUACAGGAAUUAUUUCCAAGUAUGGAGGUAUUGAAGUUAUGGUUUCUUAUUUAAGAUCAAUUACAGAUUUUAGCUCUGAUAAGAGCUUGGCCAAGAAUCUUCUGCAAUUCAUGCAAUACUGUACUAAUGUCAAGUUGAAUAGAAGAAGAUUUUUAAUGAUAGAUUCUGUUGAAUGCCUACUUUCCAAGUGCAAAUAUGUUUUCCAACAUGGUGAUUUGGCAGAAAUUGCAGAACUAUUACUCCUCGUAAUAAGACCUCUCAUCAAGGAGGCUACCAAGAUGAGUCAUGAAACACCAGCAAGUCCUUUGAGUAGUCCUCUUAGCCCUAUCUCUGCUGACAUUUUCAACGUUGAUUCAUCAGACUUAUCACCAAUGUCACCAAAUAUUAUUGGAAAAUCAGACAAGUACAAGAUUAGUAAUGAGGAAAUAUUGGAACAAUUGAAAAUGUUCUUGGAACGAUUGCCAGUUUGCAGCACCAAGAUUGUUGGAGCAGUCCAAUCCAUAUUACCUUUCUUAACCUAUGGUUUGGAGGAGCCAAUGAAUUACCUAAUUCAAUAUUUUGAGCCAUAUCUCAAGUUUGAAACAUUUGAAAAUACUACCAAGCAAAAGUUCUAUCUCGACUCAUUUGUGAAUGUAGUUACCAGCAUUCCAAACGAUUUUGCAGGUAAUAAUCUUAAAACUCAAAUACUUCAAAGGGGUAUCACCAAGUUAGCUCUGGACUUUGUUUUGAAUCACUUUGGAGAAUCUCAAGAUUGGAAAUCAUCACUGUCUUUACCAGCACUUCCUUAUGCACUUAACUUGCUGCAAGGAUUGGUUACGUUCCACUCUCCAACUCAUAAUCUGCUCAACAGUGAACCACUCUUUAGAAUUCUACACAAGAUUGAAGAAAAUACCGAGGAAAAGAUGAUUGCAACAUAUGCUGAAUCACUUCUCAAUAGUAUUGCAGAAGGAUCCUCUCAAUCCAAGUCUAUCAUCAGUAACAUUAGAAAGAGUACUAAAGAGGAAAAGAAGAAGAAAGCCAUGUCUAAACGUGAAAAGACUCUCAAGCAAUUGAAACAACCAAAGAUUACAUUUAAUUUUGAUGAGGCAGAAGAGGAAGACAAGGGUAUUUUGUGUUCUGUUUGUGGUGAUGGUAAUAGCUUCAAGCCAGAAGAAGUUUUGGGAACCUACAUGUUCUGCAAGCACUGUUAUCUUUCAGAUAACUCUAGUGCCAUCUCCUCAGUUACACAAUUUAAUACUAUUCACUCAUCUUGUCACACUCUUGCUGUUACCGCUGACCAGAAUAGAAAUCCACCAAAGACAGAAUGGGAAGGUGCUCAAAUCAGAAAUUCUUUCACCAAAUGUAACGCCCUUUUCCCAUUCAAGGGUCCAAAGACUUCAGCAAGCAAUUAUUCCAAUGCUGUUCAAAAGUACGUAUCAGAUUUGUCACUCGUAAAGAAUACUGGAAGAGAGUCUUUUGAUCUCCUCUCUCACGACUUGAUGUUAUUGUUAAACAAGUUUGCUAAAGAAGAAUCAUUCUCAAAGGAUUCUGGAGGUGGUAGUGCUAUUCACCAAGUUAAAUUGAUUCCUUUCAUGAUUCAAAUGGGUAUCUACAUUUUGGAUACUCUCAACAAGAACAGAGAAACACAAGAAACAUUAUUGACAAGCUUUUUGAGCACGGACAUGGAGACAACACUUGAAUUGGAAAAUAUUAGCUACAAUGCCAUAUUAUCUCUCUAUUUGAUGACUCUAGAAGAAUGGAACCAUUAUAAGAAAAUUGUUAUUGAAAGAGUUGUAUCAACCAUUAAGAAUACCACAAGUGGUUCUGAAGAAGAAAAGUUCAAUGCACAAAGACCUGCCCUGAUAUUUGUUGCUCUAAUUGAUGCAUUCCAAAACCAUUUAAAGUCUCCAUCAGGCUUGCCAAUUAAGGAAUCAAUCAAACAUGCCAGCACUGAAGAAUGGAUUGUCAAAUUGUCCAAGAAAUUGGAAUCUAUUGAUCAGGAAGCAUUAUCCAAGCUUGAAGGCAUUGCAACUCUCUACACUACCCAAUUAUUGAAAUUCACCAGUGUUGAACAAUUUGAACAAAUCGUUUUCAAAUAAACAUCUUUUAAC